CAUGUCACGUUUCAGAACUCUCUAGACUCUCCUCUCUUUUUCUCUCUCCUCUGCCUCUCUCUCUCCGCAAUUCGAAAAAGCCUCUGCAUUCACUGUUCUGUUUCGCGCUUGCUUGUUCAAUAGCAUUAAACGCCCAUUGCAAUCGGGUCAGGAAGUUGCCAUGGAAGACGACUUUGAUUUCUCAGCUGCCACCAACAGCCUCAACGACCCCGGUGACUUGGACCUUCCCGACGCCGAGGACGACGCAACUAGCCCAACUCUCAAGGUUGGUGAUGAGAAGGAGAUCGGGAAGAACGGCCUCAAGAAGAAGCUCCUUAAAGAGGGUGAAGGCUGGGACACUCCCGGCUCCGGCGACGAAGUUGAAGUGCAUUACACUGGGACUCUGCUGGACGGAACCAAAUUCGAUUCGAGCCGUGACCGUGGGACCCCUUUCAAGUUCAAUCUCGGACAAGGACAAGUGAUUAAGGGAUGGGAUGAAGGAAUCAAAACCAUGAAGAAGGGCGAAAAUGCGCUUUUCACCAAUACCAUUAUGCUUGAAGCGAAAUCCAUCAACAGUACAAGAAUGCAAAAUUAGAAUUCCCCGCCACACAGACAUGCAAUACA